UGGAUUAAUAUCGAGGAUAAAGGAGGGAAAUAAAGCGAGGGAGUGGAAGGAACCAAAAGAAUGGUUGUUGGGAAACCAUUGGCGGCAGGACGCCUAUCCAUUUCAUGGAAUCCGUGGAAUCUGAAUGUUAAGCCAAUUCCACUUGCCACAUUCAACUUCGCUCUUCGGUUGCAACCACCAACUUACCUCAAUUUCCAUGUUAGAGCAUCUUGUUUUCCCGCUUCUUCCCCUCUUCCCCAGAACGAUGAUCUCCAAGCUCUCUUACAGAUUCUUCCAUCCGAUUUGCAUGACAAUCUCCUCAAUGAACCGGACAGGGCUCAACUCUUAGAGGUUAUAUUGGAUUUGGGUCGUUUGCCAGAGGCACGUUAUCUUGGUAAAGAAGGAGGGCAAUAUAUAAGGGAGUCUGAGGUAACUGUGAAAGAGCUGGAAUAUGCUCGACAAGCUGUUGGAGAGUUCGGCAGGGACAAUAGAGCCGGCAUCGAGGGUACAUUGCACAGAAUAUCUGCAAUACGAAGUAGGAAAGGUGGCAUAGUUGGCUUGACAUGCCGAGUUGGAAGGGCAGUCAGUGGCCAGAUUAACAUGGUUUAUGACCUGCUUCAAUACUGGAAGAGCAUUUUAUUUGUGGGAAGGCCUGGGGUUGGUAAGACUACUGUUAUACGAGAGAUUGCUCGUGUACUGUCAGAUGAAUUUCACAAGAGAGUGGUAAUUGUUGAUACCAGCAAUGAAAUCGGAGGUGAUGGCAAUAUUCCGCAUGCUGCAAUAGGGAGUGCACGAAGGAUGCAGGUACCUGAGCCAUCAAUGCAACAUAGAGUGAUGCUUGAGGCAGUAGAAAAUCAUAUGCCUCAGGUGAUUAUAGUUGAUGAGAUUGGCACAGAAGCCGAAGCUCAUGCUUGCCGAUCAAUUGCUGAGAGAGGAAUCAUGCUUAUCGGGACUGCUCAUGGACAACAACUUGAGAAUAUCAUGAAGAAUCCAACACUCUCGGAUCUGAUUGGUGGAAUAGGAGCUGUUACUCUGGGAGAUGCAGAAGCUAGAGCAAGAAAUUGUCAGAAGACAAUUCUUGAAAGGAAAGCUCCUCCAACAUUUGAUUUCCUGAUCGAGAUGAGAGACAGAUACUACUGGCUUACACAUCAGACAGACAAAAGUGUUGAUAUGUUGCUUAGAGGCAAAAUUCCUCAAGUUGAGGUAAGAAAAAGAGAUGAAAAAUGCAAGGUUGUAAUAGAAAAAUCCAAACCAUAUGAUAAAUGUCAAUUUUAAUUUUCUUUGAGGGAUUAUUGUGUUGACAUUUUCAAAUAUUGAAGGACAAAUUUGGUAACCAACAUCUUUAGAAGAUUAAAGAGGUGGGUGAUGUAAGAAGUAUUAUCAUAAUGACUAGAAGUUAGAAAUAGUUUUGCAUUUUUAUCUGUUA